AGCUUUCUCAUUUCAUAUCGGUUAAUCUGUCUUGUUGACGUACGCCGUCUGCCUCGUUGCAAACGUCAGCAACGAACAACACCACAGGGCACGCCAUUGGAACGCAUCAACCAUAGCAUCCAUUGGCCAAAGAAAGAAAUACUCCUGCAGCUCGUGUCGCAACGCUUCUUUAUUACUAUUAUUAUUACAAGAAAAAUACAAUCCUUUUUUUUUGUGUACGGAAACGCUUUCCACGCUAUCCGUUUUCAGCUGGUCUUUCUUCCCCUUGAUUCUCUGAUGUUGCUUCGCUCCCUAUUUCGUUUUUGCACUCUCUACCGAUCUUUAGCCUUUCUCUUCUCUGCUUUCUGAGAAUACCAACAACGCAAACACACACACACACACACACACCUGCACACAGGAACAGCCUUACUGACGUCGUGCACGAAGUUUCGACUAGAGGACCAAAAACAUCACAUCAAAACAGCAACAACAACAACAUCGGAAAACAUAAAAUGUCUCGGUGGCUGAUGGAGCGCUGCCACGUCGCCACCGCGCUCGAGAAGACGCUGCGGCGGUGCGUGUGGAGCGCGGCGUGGCUGCGGGAGGCCGAACCCGCCGCGGCGGCGAGCCAAAACAUCGACCUCGGCCAGCUGAUGGAGCGUGCUGGCGGGGCGGCGUACAACAUCUUUGCGAACCUGUACGCGCAGCAGCGGCAUUGGCUCAUCCUGGUCGGCCCCGGCAACAACGGUGGGGACGGCUACGUGAUUGCACGCCACGCCCGACAGGCGGGUAGGUCCGUCACGGUGCUGUGCAUGCCGCAUAACAAGCCUCUCCCGACGGAGGCGACGCGGGCACGUGAGGCCUGGCAGGCGGCGGGGGGCACCGAGAGGACGCUCGAGGAAGGACAGGCAGUGCAGGUGCCUGCCGAUGUGGAUCUCGUGAUUGAUGGCCUGUUGGGCACCGGCAUCACCGGUCGACCUCGGGCGCACUACGAAGAGGUCAUCCGCUGCAUCAACGAGCUACCGGUGCCGCGAGUGGCGAUCGACAUCCCGUCUGGGCUGAACGCCGAGACCGGCGUGGCGGCUGGCGCGUGUGUGCGGGCCGAUCACACGGCGACGUUUAUCUGCUUGAAGCCUGGCCUCCUGACCGGGCAGUCCCGCGACUACGUCGGUCAGCUGCACUACCGCAGCCUGGGCCUGGAGGAGUGGAUGGCGGCAUCGGCGCGGCUGCAGCACGUGCAGUGCCGCCGCCUUUCCAUCGACGACGUCGCCGUGUUUUUUGGCGCACCGCGGUCCGCCGUAGCGCACAAGGGCAGCUGCGGGAAGGUCGUGCUGAUCGGUGGUGACCACGGCUUUGGCGGCGCGAUUGUGAUGGCGGCCGAGGCGUGCGUCACGGCCGGGGCCGGGCUGACGCGCGUGCUGACCCGGCCCGAGUACGCCACGUCGCUGCUCACGCGGUGCCCUGAAGUGAUGGUGCAAACCGUCAGCGAUGACGGCGACAGCAAGUCCCACGCGUCUGCCGUUCCACUUGCGCAGCAGCUGGAGGAGGCGCUUACGUGGGCCACGACGAUCGCGGUGGGUCCUGGGUUGGGCUGCGCUGAGUUUGCGCUCACGGCGGUGUCGGUGGCGGUACAGCACGCCGCGGGGCACCCAGAGAAGACGCUCGUGCUGGACGCGGACGCUUUGAAUGUGUUGAGCGAGCAGCUGCGUACACACGGGUCGCUGCCGGCCGUUCCCAACAGCAUCAUCACGCCGCACCCCGGCGAGGCUGCCCGCCUCCUCGGCUGCGACGUGGCGGAGGUCGAGAAGGACCGGAUGGACGCUGCGCGACGACUGGCGGCGAUUCUUGGCGGUACGUGCUUGUUAAAAGGCCCCGGUACGGUGGUGUACGACGAUGCAAAGAGUAGCACCCACGACGUGGCGGCGGUGAACAGCGUGCCGUCGCGUCUGACAAAUGCCGCCAUUGUCGACGCCGGCAAUCCCGGUAUGGCGAGCGGAGGCAUGGGGGACGUGCUGACGGGACUGCUGGCGGGGCUGGCGGGGCAGAGGCUGCACGGCACCUUCGACACGACCUGCGCCGGUGCCCUGGCGCACGCUGUGGCGGCGGACAUGGUUGUCUCCGCGGAUGAUCGUGGCACGCGUGGCCUCCGUGCGACGGAGUUGAUUGCGAAUAUUCCAUACGUUGUGAACGCGACGGGACUCGCGAAGUUGCGCCAGAGCCGCGGCAGUCUAUGA